GAGGAUGUUUGUGUCGGUACAACUAUGGAUGAACUUCUCCGUCACAAAUGCUGCUAAUAGAGACCUUCAGUACAUCCGUACCUUGUUGACACCAAAAAGGCGUGGUUUUGGACCAAUGCACACAAGGCUGAUCAUGGCUCCGGUUCAACUUGAGCAAACUUGGAAUGGGUAUGGUUUUGACAUGCGAGACAAGAUCCUACACGUCCUUGAUCCAGUGAACACCGAGGCUAAUGAAGCAGCGUAUGUCGCCAAGCAUGGGGCAACGAUUGAGCUCAUGUUUGAUGGUAUGGCUCAAGCUAGAGGAUUGUUCGGGAACAAGGGGUGUACACUGGAUCCAGCUCAGUGGCACGUUUGCUUCAACAGCAACAUGCACCGCCCGUGUUCAAAAUCGACAUCAGGGGCUUAUGUGCUGCACUACACAAAGCACUUCACUUGUGAUGGCUAGAGAAGGAUAUGAGUGAGGUGGAGCUUGCCAAGAAGCGCAAGAAGUUGGCUCACCAAGUGUUGACGAUGGAAGGCAACAUUGGUGAGAAGCCAGGGUUCCUCUUUCGUUCAUGAACGUCGACGACAAUGUUGUUGGAGAUCAUGCUGAUCAAGCUUCAAUCCUAGUACCUAUGCUUGCGUAGUUCCCUCAAGACAGUUAUGUAGUACCUGGUCGCAAAAACCUAUAUUUGCAGUAUUGUAACCUAUAAUUAUUUGUAUGAUCAACUCUGAGACA